AUGCCAAGCACCGUGGCCCCCAGCGGCGGCAGCAAGACACAACCGGCGGAUGAUCAGUUCAACUGGCAGCAGCAGUGGUACCCGCUGGCCCCUGUAUCCUACCUGGACCGAGCCAAGCCCACUCCCUACACAGUGCUGGGAAGGCGCCUGGUUGUGUGGUACCAUGCCCCCAGCCAGCAGUGGCGUGCUCUGGAGGACCGGUGGCCCCACCGGCUGGUGCCGUUGUCCGAAGGGCGCAUUGAGCCUGGCAGCGGCAACCUUCAGUGCAGCUACCACGGCUGGCAGUUUGGCGGCGACGGCCGCUGCGCCAGGAUCCCGCAGGCCGACUCGCCGCAGCAGGAGGCGGCGGCCUGCGGCAGCCAGCGCAGCUGCGUGGCCGCCUUUCCUGUCAGGCAGGAGCAGGGGAUGCUGUGGGUGUGGAUGGAGGCCGGCCCCGGCGCCGCCGCCGCCAGCCAGCUGCGCCCGUUACCGCUGCCAGCCGAGCUGCUGUCGAGCGGCGGCGACGGCGCCACGCCCGCCGGCUCCCUGCUGGGUGGCUGGUACCAGCGCGAGCUGCCCCUGUCCGCCGAGUAUUUGCUGGAGAAUCUGCUGGACCCAUCGCACAUCCACUUUGCGCACUCGGGCGUCAUCGGCAGCCCCAGCAGGGCGGGCAGCAUCCCCCUGCACUUGGCGGGGCCGCUCACCUCCCAGGGAGGCUUCCAGCUGCACAUGGAUCGGCAGUGGCAGGGCAGGGCGGGGCGGCAGGGAGGGCGGGGCCAGCAGCAAGCACGGGAGAUCCCCGGGCUGGUCGAUGUGGGAGAGGCCGCCCCGGCCGGCGGCAGCGGCAGCGUGCCGGCGGUCACCCGCUUUGUGCCUCCCGGCCUGGUGUGCCCCGGCACCAGCCGCGUCUUUACAGCCUUCUUCGCCACCGGCCUGCCGCCCGUUCUGCAGUCAGCGCUGCGCUCGGACGCGCUGGCCCCGCUGCUGCAUGCUUUCCAGUUCCUGGCCGACCUGGGGGCCCACCAGGUGAUCGACGGCGACGCAGUUCACAUCCACCAGCAGGAGCGCACGGUGCGGCAGGAGGGUCGCCGCUCCUACUUCAUGCCCGCGGCGGCCGACCGGGGCGUGAUGCUGCUGCACCGCUGGCUGGACGAGUAUGCGGGUGGCGGGCCACAGUACUUUCCAGGACCGGGGGCCGCCAGUAGUGGAAUGGGGGCUGCUGCCAGCAAGCCGCUGAGCCGACAGGAGGUUCUGGACCGCUACGAGCAGCAUACCAAGCACUGCCCCUCGUGCCGCCAGGCGCUGUCUUCCGUGCGUUCCUUGCGGCAGGCGCUGCAGCUGGGGUCAGCCUCUGCUGCCGCCGCUUUCGCCGUGACGGUCGCGCAGGCGUUGGCGACGGGGCCGUGCCUGGUGCUGGCGCCGCCCUGUGCCAGCCUCAGCCUGCCCCUGGUGCUGGGCGUGGCUGGGCUGCUGGCGGGCGGGGCGCAGCAGGCGCUGGGGCGCCUGGAGCGCCAGUUUGUGUUUGUCGACUAUGUUCAUGCCGACCGAAAGUGA